AUGAUCUCAGCGGAAUACAUGACGUGUUUCAGGACUCAUCGACCCAAAUGUCUUGUUCAGAUACUUGGUGUUCUGCUUCUGUGGACCAAAGAAGUGGACGGAUUGGCAGACUUCUCGAGUUAUUUAUCUAAAAUUAUCAAUAGUCAUUCGAGCCAUGCGUACGAUGGAGACCUGUUGUUGUUACGUUGCCCAAGACAUUCUACCAUAUCAAUCCAGUCUGCGUUUUAUGGGCAAACAGAAUUGCGGGGCCGCUUCGGCUCCUGGACACCCUCCCGCUGCAAGAGGGAUUAUCAUCGCUGCUCAGCACCUGCCGCGUUUCAGAAGAUGCUCUCAGAGUGUCAGGGACGGAGAGAUUGUCAGCUGCUGGUGAACCAUCACGCGUUCGGCCUCGACCCUUGCCCUGGCACCCCUAAACACCUCCAUGUGACGUACAAGUGUAAACCCACUGAACACAAGGAGAAAGUCGGUUGUGAGGGAGAGCGGCUCUUGUUGCACUGUAAGCAUCCCAAAGCGCUGGUUAUAUAUGCUGCCGUGUAUGGAAGACGAGCGGGGGAGGACAGCGUCUGUAUCUCUGAGAGGAAGGAGGUCUCUCCAUUUGAUUGCUUGUACUAUGGAGCUGUGGACAUAGUGACAAAACUCUGUUAUGGGAGGCAAAGGUGCUUUAUAAACGUCGAUAAUCAGCAUUUCAGAGACCCCUGUAGUCCAGGAACUACAAAACAUCUCACUGUAUUCUACUCCUGUGUUCCACAAACACUACUGAAAGAGGCAGAUCCAAAUGUUUUCAGGACUACCUCAACUCCCAGACAGAGUACCGCAAAAGAAGAGCUUCCUGCCCAUCCCAUAAGUGCCAGAUCGCCAGAAAAGAAUGCAGUCGUCGUGAGCAACUAUCUGAUGACAUACGGCUACAUCAAAGAAAACCUAGAGAUGACGGCUCUACUCUUCGUCUCCAGUGUGUGUAUGGGUUUGAUGCUAACCCUGCUAGCUGUCUCCGUGAAACUAUCCUGCAGCAGGGGUCUCAAUGAAAGAAAGCGAACCAGUAGGAGGACCAUCAGGAGAAACAAAUCAAACAACGAAAACGAUGAAAACGAUGAAAACGAUGACGACGAUGAUGACGACGACAGUGAGGAUGAGGGCUCAGAUACGGUGAUGGACAGUUCCUUGUUGUCAGAGGUAGCCAGAAAAGUGCAUCAUUGGGAGGAAUUGACUUACACCACAGAGGCUGCGGAGCUGAUGGAGAGGAUAGAGCGACGAGAUUUAGUCAUCCAGGAAAUCUGGAUGAACGCCUACCUCAAUGGAACUCCGUGCUAACUUUGCGACACAAUUUAAACGAAGCUCAGAGGGAUGCCGAAACGUAGACUAAAGGCCGCGUUUCAUUUGUCCUGUCGUCUAAGUGGGCGGAGCUUUGGACACACUGA